UGGUCGGACGUUAUUAUCAAACGGCCCUCAAACAUGGCUGCGGCUGAAAGUGGCAAUGGAGAGCAGCGAGGUGACUUUUCUGAGUGAAACCAGAAACACUAGCAUUCAUAGACAGGAGGAGACGGUGAAGCCAUGGGUUUUAUGAGACACGUCGUGUGCGCCAUGUCCGGCGGCGUUGACAGCUCUGUGGCUGCGCUGCUACUGAAGAGAAGAGGUUAUAGUGUAACAGGAGUCUUUAUGAAGAACUGGGACUUGCAGGAUGAGAAGGGGGUGUGCACUGCAGAGAAAGACUGUGAGGACGCUUUCAGAGUGUGUCAGAUCCUGGACAUCCCCUUCCACCAAGUGUCUUAUGUCAAAGAGUACUGGCACGAAGUGUUCAGUAACCUAUUGAAGGAAUAUGAGAAGGGCAGGACCCCAAACCCAGAUAUAAUGUGUAACAAGCACAUCAAGUUCAACCAUUUCCACAAGUACGCUGUCGACACACUGGGUGCUGAUGCCAUGGCAACAGGCCACUACGCCAGGACAUCACAGGAAGAUGAAGAGGUUUUCCAACAGACGUACACAGCCCCGCCUACCUCUCUCUUCAGAGAUCGAUUUGAGAUUAGAAAUCCGGUGAGGUUGUGUAAGGGAGCAGAUCUCGUCAAAGACCAAACCUUCUUCCUCAGUCAGAUCUCCCAGGAUGCCUUGCGACAAACCCUGUUCCCACUGGCUGGACUUACCAAAGAUUUUGUCAAAAAGAUUGCUGCUGAGGCGGGGUUUCACCAUGUGCUGAAGAGGAAAGAGAGCAUGGGCAUCUGCUUCAUUGGAGAGAGAAACUUUGAAAACUUUAUUUUGGAGUAUCUGGAACCUAAACCUGGGAACUUUGUCUCCAUCGAGGACGGGACGGUCGUGGGAACACACAAAGGCUGGUUCACUCUGACACUGGGCCAGAGGGCGAGGAUAGGAGGGCAGAAAGACGCCUUGUUUGUGGUGGACAAAGACAUCACUACUGGAGAUGUGUUUGUGGCUCCAACUACCAAUCACCCGUCUCUUUUCCGUGACACGUUGCGGACCGACCGCUUCCACUGGAUAGCAGUUGACCCGCCUGCUGAACUAGCCAGGACUCAGAUGAUGGAGUGUCAUUUCCGCUUCAUCCACCAGAUGCCACUCGUUCCCUGUACGGUGACGCUGAACAUGAACGGCUCCGUGUGGAUCUCACUCUCACAGCCAUUAAGGGCUCUCACACCUGGACAGUUUGCUGUGCUCUACAAAGGUGACGAGUGUCUGGGUAGUGGGAAGAUUGUCCAGCUGGGGCCCAGUGAAUACACACUCCAGCAGGGCAGAGAGCGGUUGUUAGCAGCGGCGCAGCUCAAGCAGCAGCAGACCCCCGAACCAGCCAGCUGAGACUGACCUCACAGCCCGGUCGUGGUGGAAAUGAGCUCUGUCCGGUAGAUCACCCUGUCCAUACAAAAGAAAAUGCCUCUUAGACUGGGCUUUGAGACACAGUGCCUGUUCUGGAGGCCUUGUUGGAGGCGGUACUUGGUUGUUUUUAAACUUCGACGUGUCAACAGUAUUAAUAACACAAGGGGAAAAAGGGUGGAUUUCCAUACUGUUUUUAGUAUUUGGGAUUCGAUACUAUGAGGCAAUCUGCUAGCUGCUCAAAUAAACCAUCUGCAUCCAAGCCUACGUGUGUUUUGGAGUGGAGACUAAAUGGUGAUAAGAUGGUUUGAUAAGUAACAUUAACCUCAUUUUGAAAAGAUUUUCCGACUAUUCGCUAUUACACGUCAAACAUCACUGAUUAGAUGACACCACCAAAUGUCUGUUUCUACUUAUAAUUUACCGGUUACCAUUAUUUAUGCUCAACAGAUUCUCCAUUGAACAUUCAUGAUAACAUCAGAGCUGCUGUUAUUGUUUGCCAUGCAUUGUAAAGAAUACCUGCACUUUGACGUAAGUCUUUGAGAUAUCGUGUAGUUGAUCUGGUUUAUAUAUUUAAGAAGUGCUGGAUGUAUUUUCUGAGACACGCUGGAGGAUAAUUGCCAGAACUGUGGUUAUCCUUUGGAACUGGAGUUUUAAUACCAGAAACCAAAAUCAAAUUUUUUAAAGUAUCCAGCUCUAAAAUGGUUCAGUAAAUAAAACAAUCCCUCAACUCAAACUUUUAAGUUUGAGAGUUUUUGUCUUCAUACAGUCUGUACUCAUUGUUAUGACCUGUGGUCUUUUUCAAGGACUUUUUAAGACUGUUAGUCUCAACCCUUUUAAUGUUGUUUUCUAUAUUAUAAUGGUAGGAAACCUGUGAGCGACCCAGGAUUAACCGAGGCAUAGGAGGUUCUGUGGGAUCUGACUCUAAGCAGGAUUAACUACUCAUGUCCACUAGAGAUAUGUAUGAGUAUGGCACAAUUAUUUGGCGCUCUUGACUGUGAAUGAAAGUGACAAUGAUAUUCUCUUCAGUAUGAUGGGAUUUAAACUUGUCAUUUACUGUAGCUCUUCCUGUCAGCUCUAAGGAUGCUUAUGUUUUCCAUGAAUUUCCCUCCCAUCCUUGAUCUUGGUUGAAUGUCACUGAUGUUCACCCUGCCUCUGUGCCAACUGCAAACCUACAGUACUCUACUUGGUUCUUUGAACGAUUGUCAUACCAUGUGUUUUGAUAAAUUAAAUUAAUACUUUAAUACAUAA